UAGGGUUUCCAUAAUAUAUAAUGAUCUCGCUUCGCCUCCUUUCCCUUCCUUACCUCGGCUUCUUCCAUCCUUCUAUCUUUAUUUUCUCGCCUGUGACGAGAAGCCGACGCUACCAUGGUUCACGUCAGUUUCUACCGCAACUAUGGGAAGACCUUUAAGAAGCCACGACGUCCGUAUGAGAAGGAACGAUUGGAUGCUGAGUUGAGGCUUGUAGGAGAGUAUGGGCUCCGAUGUAAGAGGGAGCUGUGGAGGGUUCAGUAUGCUUUGAGCCGCAUCCGUAAUGCUGCUAGGGACCUUCUCACUCUUGAUGAGAAGAACCCUCGUCGUAUUUUUGAAGGUGAAGCCCUUCUUCGUAGGAUGAACAGAUAUGGACUUUUGGAUGAGAGCCAGAACAAGCUCGAUUAUGUGUUGGCUUUGACUGUUGAAAACUUCCUUGAACGUCGUUUGCAAACGCUCGUGUUCAAGACUGGUAUGGCCAAGUCAAUUCACCAUGCACGUGUGUUGAUCAGGCAACGACACAUAAGGGUCGGGAGACAGGUUGUGAACAUCCCGUCCUUCAUGGUGAGGGUCGACUCCCAAAAGCAUAUUGAUUUCUCUCUUACUAGUCCGUUUGGAGGUGGCCGCCCCGGAAGAGUGAAGAGAAAGAACCAGAGAGCAGCUGCCAAGAAGGCUGCUGGUGGAGAUGGUGAUGAAGAUGAUGAAGAGUAAACCUUAGGCUACUAUCAACCACCAGUAGGAACCCUUUAAAAGCCUUUGUUUGGAACAUACAAUAUCCUCCAUUGGUAGACAUGGUUUUGAGUUUUGUUUCCAGAACUUUGUUGUAGUGGAUCUUGAUAUAUGUUUUGCAUUUACUAUUGCUGUUUUGGUCGGAUUUGAAGUUAA